UUUAUCCCUUAAACCCUAAAACAAGUCACAACACCCCCAAUUUCACUACUUCCUCUUUCUCUUCAAUGGCAGCUUCUAAUAAUAAUACAAUUGACAACAUGUACGACGUCGCUUUAAAGCCUCGUCUACUUCGCUCUUUGCUCAAAGAGUAUGUUCCUGAUUUGAAACAUCAGUUUCGAAACCCUUCAGUUCUUUCAUAUGUUGUUUCCGCCAUUAAAACUCAUCAGUUAUUGUCCGAAUCGGGUCAACCCGAAUCUGAUGAAAAGUUGAUUGAAAAUUGGACGGCUGCUGUUGAUUCAUGGAUUAAUCGAGUUGUCGGUCUUGCCUCUAGCGACACGCCAGAUAAAUGCUGGGCUGGUAUAUGUUUGCUUGGGGUGACAUGUCAAGAAUGCAGUACGGAACGUUUCUUAGCUUCUUAUGCUGGCUGGUUUAACAAACUCUUACUCCACCUACAGUCCCCUGCAGAUUCUCAGUUUGUGAAGGUAGCUGCUUGUGCCUCCCUGUCAGAUUUGUUCACAAGGUUGAGUGGAUUGCCCAAUGCAAAGAAAGAUGGUAUAUCACUCAGUGCAAAACUAAUUCAACCAUUAUUGAAGCAGCUAAACGAGGAUAACUUUGAUGCUGUAUGGGAAGAAGCUAUCUUUCUGUUGUGCACCAUUUUAGAUAUCUUUCCAUCUUCCAUUCAACGGCAUUAUGAUGGUGUUGAGGAUGCUAUUGUUUUGAGGCUCAUGUCAGGCAAGUGCGGUCCUAGUAUGUUGAAGAAGCUUGGUUAUUGCUUGGCUUUGCUACCAAAAUCAAGAGGGGACGAGGAUAGCUGGUUAUUGAUGAUGCAGAAAAUCAUGGUGUCAAUCAACAUUCAGCUGAAUGAUGCCUUCCAGGGUCUAGAGAAAGAAUCUAUAAGAACUGAGGCCAUGAGAUUGCUGCUUCCCCCUGGGAAAGACCCACCACCUCCAUUAGGGGGCCAAUCUUUGUCUAGAGGAACUGCAGACAACACAAUGAGGCCUGAGCACUUGCAGAUCUCCAGAAUCUCUACCCUGAUAUCUUGUUGUUGUAAAUUGCUUACUAGUUCUUACCCAUUUCAGGUUGCUAUACAUGUCAUUCCAUUAAUAGCUCUUGCUCAAAGAGUGCUGAUGGUUGAUGGUUCCUCAUCACCAGGCAUCUCCUACAUGACUACAAUGAAACAAGAAUUUUUUUGUUCAGAACUCCCAGUCUUGCAUUCACACAUAUUGGAUCUUCUUACAUCACUUGUUAAGGGACUGGGCAGCCAGUUGCUCCCUCAUAUUGGCUCUAUAAUACGACUCCUAACCAACUACUUUGAGACUUCUGCUUUGCCAGAGCUAAGGAUAAAGAUGUACGCAAUUAUGAAAGUUCUGCUGAUGUCACUGGGGGUUGGGUUAUCCAGACACCUUACUGAUGUGAUUGUUCACAAUUCAUUGAUGGAUUUGGAUGAGGGAGGCACAUCUUUUGUUGCAAAACAGAAGAUAUAUCCAGAGACUACAACAAAGACUUCCCGCAAGAAGAGGAAGCAUGCAAGUACAAGUAGUUCUCUUGAGGAGCAGCCUGAUAGAGAUGUUUUUGAAGUGGAAAUAUUCCCAAAUAUGGCUUCGUUAUCUGUUAAGAUAGCUGCACUAGAGGCAUUGGAAACCCUUCUUGCUGUGGGUGGUUCUUGGAGAUCCGAGAGUUGGCGAGUAAAAGUUGAUCACCUUCUUUUGGAUGUUACCAGAAAUGCUUGGAAAGGAGGGUGGGCCAAGGAUGACAGAGGCGAAGACUAUCAAAUUGCAGCUUUACGGGCACUUCUGGCUUCUCUGCUCUCUCCUGGACGCACUCGCCCGCCACACCUAUCUCAGGGGCUUGAACUUUUCCGCAGAGGGACACGAGAAAUAGGAACUAAAGUUGCUGAAUGUUGUGCACACGCUCUUUUGGCAUUGGAAGUGCUUAUACAUCCCAGGGCCCUUCCAUUGUUAGAUCUCCAGUCCAGUGAAAACAAUUACGAAGUAGGAAAUAAGUGGUUUUCGGGGAAUGCACACAUCAGUGACCGUGCAGCAAAUAACACAUUCCACAUUGGCACGUCCAGAAAGGCCCCUGACGAGCCAGACUCUUAUAAUGAUGACCUCUACGCAGAUUGGAUGCGAAAUGGUGAAGAUUCGGAUACCGUGGCAGCUGAUCUUGGAAAAGAUACGGAUAGAAGUAUUCAACCCCCAGAAACAUUGAGAGAUCCUUCAUCAGAAAAGCUUCCAUCUCUUGAUACCACGGCAGUAAAAGUUUCUGAAAGCAGUAAAUUGGAGGAAGUAGCGCCUAUUACUGUUGCUAAGAAAAGUCCCAUGGAGAAGGAUGAGGUCAUGGUUGAAUCACAACUCUCUGAAAAAACAAGUAAGCAUUCUGAAGAGAUCCCGCCGUCCAAGUCUGAAACUCUUGCUUCGAUUAGUGGUGGGAAAAGCAGCUUUCAAUCCAGUUCCCUUGUUUCUGGCGGCAAUGCUUUAAAUACAAUGGGUAGUGAAGUUCAAGCUAGCGAUGCUGGAUUUGCUUCGCCACUGAUGAUGAGCUUAGACAGAGGUAAAGAGUUGAUGCAUGAAUCAGAUAAUGAGUCCAUGGAGUCAAUUCCUGAUAUUGUUGAUGUUGAGCCCGAUUCUGAUUAAAUAGAGAACGACCUAUAUAGCGGUGCAUAUUAAAUUUAUUAUGUCUCAUAUUGGGCGGAAAGUUGUAUUUGCCUAAGAAAAUCAUCAGUCCCCUGGCUUUUUCUCUAAGAAGGGAGAUUAGGGAGGCGUUGAUGCAUCUAUCAGGUUACCACCCUCUCAUGGUCGCGGUUGGGAGUUCAGUUGUGGUUGGGAUCGGUUAUUUUCUUGAUCGUGCAUGUUAUCCUUGCACACUGGGGUCAUGCGAAUUUCCUCCGUAUCAUUCCAAUUUUAUCUGGAGUGGCUUAACUUGCUAGUGGUCGAAUGUUAAACUUGUGAGUUGUGACUAAGCCACUAGGUUAUAGAGUUCGAAUUCGUUAGGUAGAUUGGAUACGAGUUUUACAUUUAACCUGUGUUUAAAAGGUCUUGUGAGUCUGUAAGUUGUACUAUCCUACUAUUGAGGAUCCAGAUGAAUUCCAAUACAUUCCUUGAAAAGGAUAUGCCAAUUUUGAAAAGAGUGGAUAGUGUUUCUUA